AUGCUACCUCCAUCAUUAGGUUCAAUUCCUGAAGUAAAAGAAGAUUAUCCUGGGGCAAGUCUUGUAGAAAGAACAGCGAGACUUCAACAAUUUAUUGAAUUAGGACCACCAGAUUUAUGUAAUAUUUAUAAACAUUCAAUUAACACCAAGAGAGAAAAUGGAGAAAUAGGUACUUUUUUAUAUUUUACAGGAGUUGAUACUUCAUCAAUUGCUUCAAUAGCAGCACAUUUACAAAGUUUAGCAAAUUUAAUGACUUCAAAAUCUCAAUAUUGGUUUGGUGAAAAAAAACAUUGGAAAGUUCCUCAAUUGACUUAUUGCAGUUUUAAUUCAUUUAGUAAAGUGGAUAUGAGAGUUACUGUUCAUAUUCCAGGGAAAUUUGAAAUUCAAAUUAUAAAUCAAGAUGGUAAAAUGAUUCGGGAUAAAUUAAAUGAAGAACAAUUGGAUAGAUUCUGGACUGAAACUUUUAUAACUUCUAUUAUUAGAGCAGUAUUAGAAAGUGAAGAUGGAGAUGAUGUAAACAAAGUUGGGGGAGUUGUUGAAAUAAGAAAGAUUAAUCCUUUUAAUAAUGGUAUAGUUUCAAAAGAGUUAUUAAACAAUUUUUUAAUUGGAUUCGAAGAAUUAUUUUUCCAAGGUUCAAAAUUAGGAUGUACUGUUGAUAUUCCACAACCAACUUUAGUUAAUAAUUAUCUUGUUGAUGGAUUUUUAAAAGUAAUACAGUUAACUCAGUCUUACGAUAGAGGCUUAGAAAUCAUGGACCGUAUAUAUAAAAUUGAUCCAAGUGUUAUAUCGAUUAUUGCUCAUUUACAAUUAUUAAAACAAGAUGAAAUUGAAGCUGUCAAAACAUUGUAUAAAGGAAUUCAAGAUAAUAAGAGAGAUUCAAAUACUUUAAUAUUACAAGCUGAGUAUUGUCUAGAUAAAAAGAAACCAGAUAUGGCAUUAGAAUUAGCUAAACAAGCUGUAAAGUCAUCACCGUCGGAUUAUUCAACUUGGUCAGUUUUAGUCAAAUGUUACACGAAGUUAGGAGAUUUUGAAAAUGCAUUAUUGACAUUAAAUUCAUGUCCAAUGAACUCACACAAAGAAAAAUACCAAUUGAAAAGAGUUGUCCCUAUAAGAUCUCAUGAUGACUUACAUUUACCUUCCCCAAUGGACGUUACAUUAGAUGAAGUAUCCAAUUUACAAAGUAAUGAUAUAAGUUUUGAACAUAGAAAUUUGGAUCCACAAUUAUCAAACUUACCAGCAGCAAAUUUAAAAACAACAUAUGCAAAAGCUUAUGAUUUAUUAACUGAAAUUGUAAAUAAGACUGGUUGGGAACAAUUAUUAAAAUAUCGUGCAAAAGUAUUUGUAAUGGAAGAAGAAUACAGAAAAGAUAAAAAAACGUCGAAUGGUCAUUUAAGAAAAAAUUCCACACAGUCUUCAGUUAAUGUAAAUAAUUCAUCAAUAGUAGAAAGUGAUGUUGACUCAACAAUUGCAAUUAAAUCACCAAGUCAAAAAAACAUUGAUGCUGCAACAUUAGCAGGUGAUUCAGUUGUACCAACAGAUGGUGAAAUCGAUUAUGAUGAUGAAUUUAGAAAAAAGAGAUUAUGUGAAAGAUGGUUAGAUAAUUUAUUUAUGUUAUUAUAUGAAGAUUUAAGAGCCUUCACAAUGUGGCAAGCAGAAUCAGUACACUUCCAAGCACAACAAAUGGAAUACAAAAAGACAACAUUAGAAUGGGAAAUAUUAGGAUCUAUAGCCUAUAGAUUAAAACAUUUUAAAGAAGGAUCAAUAGCAUUUGCAAAUGCAUUAAGUGGUAGAUUUUCAGCAAAAUCUCAAAGAGAAAUGUUAAAAUAUUACCUAAAAGAAAGAAAUAAAUUAUUAACCAAAAAUACAACAACUUCAUCAAAUAAUGCAAAUUUUAUACAAAAUUAUCAGAAAUUAAUGAAUCAACUAAAUGAAAAAAUAUUGGAAAGUAUUGUCAAAUUAUUAGUUUGGAAUCAUAGAUGGUACCUGGAUUUCUCACCAUUUUUAUUGUUAAGUUUGAGUGAUUUAGUUGCAUGGGAGGGAUCAGUAAAAAUCGAAAGUUCAAUAACUGCAUUAUAUAAUGAAACUAAAUUACCCGGUUCAGGAAACAAAGAUUCUUCAACUAGAGAAAGCUCAAAAGAUUCUAGUAAUAAUGAUCAUUUUGUGAAUCAUGGAAUUAUUUCAAUGAUGAAAGACUUUGAUUCUGAUUAUAUUAAAUUAUAUAAUUUGUCAAACGCUGAUGAAUAA